AUGUUUGGUGUCGUAGUUGCACUUUUGGUUGUUGCAGUCUCGUUCAUAUAUUGGUACAGAAGAGACGUACGCUUACCACAGGGGCCUCGGGGCUUACCAUUUUUUGGAAUCAUUCCGCUGUUGGGGACUAAUCCAUCCAAACAGCUUACAGAUUGGGCCAAGGUAUACGGCAGUGUUUACACCGCAAGAUUCGGGCAGCGUGAUACAGUAGUUCUCACGGACUAUGAAGAUAUCCAUAACGUACAUAUCAAACAAGCAGCUAAGAUGGGAGGAAGGAACCCAAUGCAUAUAUUUGAUGUUUGCAACAAGGGUGGUGGUUUGAUAUUUGCGACUCCGAAAAUGGCUGAAAUGCACAGGCCUUUUACAUUACAUGCUUUCAGAAGAUUGGGUAUGGGUUCUAAAACAUUGGAAGCAAGGGUUCAAGAAGAGGCUGCGUGUUUGGUCGAUGCUUUCCGGGAAAAAGUUGGGAAUCCGUUUGAUCCUAAGAACCUCUUUCUUUCCGCUGCUGUCAAUAUAUCUACUCUUAUCAUGAUCGGGGAGAGAUAUUCUUACGAUGAUAAAAUGAUUAAAGAAAUAGGAUGGCGAUUAAUAAAUGAAUUCCUCAACGAAAAGAUUACGUUUUAUUUUUUAGAGUUUUCGGAGAAGAAGGUUGAGGAGCACAAAAAUAGUUACGAUGAAAAUGAAAUGAGAGAUUUUAUUGAUAUAUUUUUGAACGAAAUGAGCAAGGAAAACCAUGAUCCGUCAUUUAACAAACGACAGCUCAAGUUGGUACUACAUGAUUUGCUUGAUGCAGCUUCGCAAACAACAUCCUGUACGCUGGCUUGUUGUAUGAUUGCGCUUGUCCGUUAUCCGGAAUGUCAGGAGAGACUAAGGCACGAAAUCAAAAAAGUAGUAGGAAACGAAAAAAGUGUAAGCAUGGAAAAUCGUAAGGAUAUGCCAUAUAUGCAAGCAUUCAUCCAUGAAUUGAUGAGACGAUGUACGCUGGUAAGACUGAGCGCUACUAGGACUGUACUGGACGGAGUUGAAGUACGAGGCUAUAAAUUGCCGAAGAAUACUCCGAUGAUUGCUGUUACGUGGGCAGUUCAUAGCGAUCCCAGACAUUUUGAAAAUCCAAACGAAUUUCGACCAGAGAGGUUUAUCAACCAGGUUGACGGAACUUUCCAAAAAUCAAAAUUCUGGAUGCCAUUCGCUACUGGGAAACGCAACUGUCUUGGCGAACAAUUGGCUCAAAUGGAAUUGUUUAUAAUUCUGGCUACAUUGAUUCAACGUUUCGAGUUUUCAGUAAAAGACGAGACAAGAAUUCCAUCACUAGACGAUGGAGAACACGGGAUUGUGUUUAUACCACGCGACUUGGAUUUGAUCGCAACCGAACGAGUGUAA